CAACAAACUCUAUCAAAUAUAUGUUUUGAGAGUAGAAUAGAUAUUUUUUUUUGCAUUAAAAUGUCUUUUUAAAGUAGAAAAUUUGAACGGGUUGACUAUUAUUAUUAUUAUUAUUUUUAUGCAAUAAUUUCCACCCAGGUGGCCGUAAAAGCAGACGCAACGGUCGUGCAGUUUGAGAGCCUGCGUUGCUCUCGCCGUGCUCCGGGCAGCGUGUGGGGUUUCUGUUAUAAUCCCUCGUUUAAAUGCUUGCAAUCGCACUCGAGAAAAACAACAACAACAGCAUCGCAUUAGCGUUUAAAACAAACAAACAAACAAACAAACAAACAAACAAAAACCAUCGCGUUACCGAUCAACCGCAGAGACCCCGCAUCCGGACACAACGCGUAUCCGACCCCGGAGUUCAGCCGGAGCUCGAGUCUGGACCAGGGGACAUCAUUUAGGAAUAAAAGAUGCGCCUCCCCCGCUCUCUCUCUCUCUCGGAACACUCUGCUGGCGUUAAGAAGAAGCGGUGAAAUAAAUCCCAUUUAGAUCGACACAGACGGACUAAAAACCUCAAAUUAACUAAUAAACGCAACCUAAUUAAUUCCUAAUUACCCAAAAAGAAAAUGUCAGGGGAAGCGAUUGAAAUAUCAACCGUCACCCCCGCUCCGGUUACGGAUGGUAUAAUCCUCCCGGGCAGCUGCGUUGACUCGGAAGAGCUCAUCAGACCCGCCGGGGGUGGCGAAGGCGAGUCAGCCCGGAGGAACGCGUCUCUGUGCGGUCUGUGCCUGUUGGACCCGGCACGCUACACCUGCCCUCGCUGCAACGCCCCCUACUGCUCGCUGGCGUGUUACCGUGGCAACAAACACCUGCACUGCUCGGAGGACUUCUACAAAACCCAGGUGAUGCAGCACCUGGAGCAAAGCCGGGGGGCGGAGGAAGGCAGGAGGAGAGUGGAGGAGAUCUUGAUGAGGAUGAAGGAGCAGGGGGAGGGGGAGGAGGGGGCAGAGAGGCUGGCUGGGAUGGAUCUGGAUUCCCUGACGGAAGAGGAGAUGUGGGAGCUGCUGUCGGAGGAGGAGAGGGAGAAGUUCGAGGCGUUGCUCGGCAACGGGAACAUCGGGGCGCUGGUCCCGGAGUGGGUCCCGUGGUGGGAGAGGCACGGGGGGGAGCAGGUGGAGGACGUGGACGCGGGGGACGAAAGCAAGACCCAGGACAGAAUCCCAGCGGUGUGGUCCAGAAUCCCCCCCCUCUCCUCCCUCUCCCCUCACCCCUCCCCUCUGGUCCGCUACACCCUGGUCAAUGCUGUCUACUCCUACUGCUUCUGCCUCCAGCGACUCAACGGGGACCUUUCGGACCGACCCGCCAGGCUGGAGUUCGGGUUCUGGGUUCUGGAGCACUCCCAGGGGCUGGUGGAGCCCCGGGUCUUCAGCAGCGGCUCGGAAGCGCUCCAGUCCGGGCUUUCGGCUGCCAGAACCGGCCCGUUAUUCCACAGGGAAGACCGCCUGGCCCCAGUCAGGGCUGUGCUGGCCGUCGCUCACCUUCUGAGGGGCAGAGGAGGGACCGGGGUCAGCCGCUACAGCCUGGGGGCCCUCUCGGAGCUCCGGAGGGUCCUGGGGGAAGAGAGGAGAGGGGGGGGGGAGGAGGAGGAGGAGGAGGGAGAGAGGCGGAGGAGGUUAAGAGCCAGAAAGAAGUGCGAGUUUCUCCUGGCUUGGGUGUCCGAGAAUGGGGCAGAGCUGCCCGCUCUCUCCCAGGAGGUACAGCGGGAGUAUCGGAGGUGUCUGCGGGAGGAGAUGGAGGUGGGGGAGGGCAGGGCAAUGCUGGAGAGGAGCUGGGGGGGCGAGGGGAGGGGGAGGAGGAAGGAGCCCCCGGGGCAGGGAAAGUUAAUACAGGAGCUGGACUGACAGCAGGGCUGGGAACGAGACUCCCGCUGCACAGCAGUGUGAUCCAGUCCUGCUUUCACUAGGAGUUUAAUAAUCAGACUCCCGCUGCACAG